CGGGGAAGGGGUUUUGGAAGCGGAAGCACGUGGUGGUAUUUAGCCCGUUCCCUGCUUCAUUCAAACGGGGGUUAAGAGCGGACAGUGCGGGGAGAGAAGUCAAGCAGCAUCGCGGGGGGAGACUGUGCACUGGACAGCACCAGGAGCUGUUUAUUAAAAGAAAAGCGGAGAAGUAAGGAGAGUGCUGAUAUGAUUAAGGAAAAUCGGUGGAGCAUCCCUCCUAACGCCCCGGCGUGCAUGGAGAAGCACUUGGAUUCGGCGCAGUACAGAGCAGACGGGGCGCUGUUGCUCGGGGCGUCCAGCCUGUCCGGCCGCUGCUGGCAAGGCUCCAUCUGGGUGUUCAAGGACCCCAAGAUGGCCCCCAACGAGGGGUACUGCUGUGCGGGGGUGCAGACCGAGGCAGGGGUGUCGGAUGUGAAGUGGGUGUCGGGGCGAGGCAUCCUGGUGGCGUCUGAUUCAGGUGCGGUGGAGCUGUGGGAGCUGGCGGAGGAUGAGACUCUGAUCGUCAGCCGGUUCUGUAAAUACGAGCACGAUGACAUCGUCACCACAGUGAGCCCGCAGGCCGGGGGGGGGCACGCUGUCAGCGGCAGCCUGGACUGCCGUGUGAAAGUGUGGGAUCUGACACAAGAGACGGUACUAAACACAUACAAUGCUCAUUCCAGUCCAGUGAUGUGCGUGGCCUCGAACCCCAGUGACGAGUCUCUGUUUCUGUCCAGCGGACAGGACGGCAGGCUACUGCUCUGGGACAAGAGGAACCCGAAACCAGCCUCCCGAAUCGAUACUGGCCCCUCCCAGGGCACCCCUACCUCAAUAGCAUGGCACCCACAGCAGAGCAGUCUCUUUGCAUACGGGGAUGAAACCGGGAGAGUUUCUCUGAGAGACUUGCAGAAACCCGACAGUGUGCAGACGCUGCAGCCGCACACUCGCAGUGUCACCGGACUGGCCUUCUCAGCACACAGCACUCCCCUGCUUGCUUCAAUCAGCAAUGACUGCUCUGCUGUAGUUUUGGAUCCUCAGCUCUCUGAAGUGUUCCGGGACGGGACACAUCAAGAUUUUGUGCGUGGCGUGUGCUGGUCCCCCGUCGCCAGCUCCACCCUCACGACGGUGAGCUGGGAUCACCAGGUCAUUCACCACACAGUGUGCCAGGCGGGCGAGUAGAGAGGAGAUGAUACGCCAGGCCAGCAGCCAGAGUACCACUGCAUACUGACCCUGCUAGGGUUAUAUUUCCAAAAAUAAAACGCAAGUGAAAGUC